AUGGAGAGGAUGGCGAGUGAAGAGAAAGACGGCAGCCUAAAUUCUUCAGUCGCUCAAGCUAUCGAUAAUGCUGCCUCAUUAGAAAUUGAUCAACCUACAGAAAGUACUAUGUCAUCAGGAAAGAAGGUAGAUAAGAAUUCUGAAGUUAGUUUUCAAGCAAAAAGCAAGAAACUGCUUUCUUCUCUUUGGGAGAAAAUAAUUGGGUUCAAAAGGGUGGUUCAAGAAAAAUCUUUUCGAUUUUGUCGAGGCGGCGACGAACUUGAACAAGCAAGAGUUUACCAUUUUUGGCCUGGAAACAAUGUUUUCUUUUUCAAGGGGAGACUGAUUUGUGGUCCGGAUCCAAAAGGGCUGAUUUUAACUGCCAUUGCUAUUAGUCUAUCAAGUUGGACAUUUGCGGUUCAUGUUGCAAGUGACAUAAGGAAUCCGGCCAUCAUCGUAACAUCUUCAAUUUUGACGACAGUUGUCCGUAAUGCAAUGCAGGUUCUUGUGAACUUGGUAUAUGUCAGUACCAUUGAUCCUGGUAUAAUUCCUAGAAAUGAUCUAGGAACAAUUGAUGCUGGUAAACGCAGAAGGAGAUCAAGGGUAGUUGUCAUAAAUGGGAUAGAGGUGAAGUUGAAGUAUUGUAACAUUUGUAACAUUUAUCGUCCACCAAGAACUUGUCAUUGUGCAACUUGUAACAAUUGCAUCCAAGAAUUCGAUCACCAUUGCCCCUGGAUCGGGCAUUGUGUGGGACUGAGGAAUUAUCGGCUUCACGUAACAUUUCUAUUGACAGGAUUGCUCUUGUUUGCCUUCAUAUUCAUCUUCUCAUGCAAAUCUCUACAUCACAAAUUGCCCGGAGAUGGAAAUGGGGUGAUUGGAUUGCUAAGAAAUGACCCGGAGACUGUGGCAUUGACAUUAUUCAGUUUUGUAGCCAUGUGUUUUCUUGCUGGCUUUUCUUGUUAUCAUGUUUAUCUAAUUGCUAUAAACCAGACAUCUUAUGAGCAUUUUCACCAAAAGUAUGUGAGCUCUGGAAACCCCUAUGACAAAGGAAUCCUAAACAACAUUAAGGAGGCUCUACUUGCUUCACAACCACCCUCUAGAGUCAACUUUCGAGCAGAUGUGGAGCCUGGAUGGUUUGGUGGAUUAAGUGAUAUUAGCAUCAAAUGA